UCAGAUAGGGAUAGACAGGGACAAUAAGGCAGCAAUGAAGGGACCAACAGGACUAACAAGAUAGGUAGAGGCAGGCAGAUAAGAAGACAAUGAGCAGCAGAGAAAGUGAGGAACAGCAUCAGAUUUACAGAAAAUAGGGACACAGGGACUUCAGAAGUGACGGGAUGAGUGACACAGAGUGACAGAGCGUGACAGCAGGAAUGAUAAAUCGCUGCAGUGGGGAAGAAAUAAAUCUUUGUAGACAAAGGCACUCCAGAAGUAGCAGCGAGGAGGAGAUACUGCAGCAAUGACAGGGAAUGGGAUAGACAGACUGCAGCAGUGAUAGGAGAGAGAGAGAUAGCGGCUGCAGCAGAAAGGGAGGGAGAUAGAAGGAAAAGGGAGGGAGGGAGAGAUUGCAGAGGAGGGAGAAAAAAUAGUAAAGGAGAAGGAGCCACAGGCAGGGAUUUAAAGAGCAAGACGCCAGCUGAAGUGCAUUGUUGGGCACUGCUUUCCUACUGAGGCACUUCUGAGAGACUGCUGCAAAAAAAAAAAUCACAAAGAAAGAAAGAAAAGGAGGGAAAGUGAGAGACUGCUUUAAGCCCAGGAGGAGACGUUUCCCAAGGCGCCGCUGCCCCAUCAUUCAGGUGCUGCACCUUGAGCAGAACUUGACAGCUCCCAGGAACUGAUGAGUGUGGGCAAAUGAGAAGAGACAGUGCCUGGUCCAGGAGAGAGGGCAAGGCAUACCAUCUGUAACCUUGGGAGGGACUGUUCGGGAAUGGAGAGAGACUGUGCCCAGUAAAGAGACCUAGAAGCACACAACAAGCUGCAAGACUGCCCAACUAGACAGUUGCAGAGGGGAGAAUUUUGUGCUGACUUGCCUGGCCCCGGUCCAAGCCACACUCAGCGCAGGAGGGACACUGUUGGAGGUUCUUUUUUUUUGUAAACACAGAAAGUAGUGAAAAUAACUCAGGAUUAGACAAGACGAAUAACUGCUGUAUAUAUAUAUACACAUAGCGCAUUUCCUGGCAUGAAUAUAUUCUAUAGGAUUUUAUACUAUCACAGAGUCAUAUCAAGCUUGCUGUCUUCUCCAAGGGACUUCACUAAAAGCAGGAGAGUCAUCCAAAAGUGACUUCAUGGACUGACGUCAAACAGUGACUCUUUGGGUUUCUUUUCUUUCUUUGUAAUAACCAAGCACAGUCAGAAUCUCAGCGGUCACCAUGACGGAAAUAACCGAAAGCGACCCGCAGAAUACAGAGCAAAGACCCCUGGGGAGCAGCAUCGGAGGAGGCUGUGGUCUGCCUGAGAGUAAGCUUCAGCGUUUUCGCCGUUCUAUCUCUCUGAAGACAAUCCUACGCAGCAAGAGCGUGGAAAACUUCUUCCAGAGGCCACUCACUGAAUCCAAAAUACCCUCUGAUGUCCUUCUCAGCCCACCUGCCCCUCCGCCUCCCCCCUCUCCACCUCCGGUCCCCAGUGAGGUUCUCCCUCAGACUGAACAGUCCCCCCACCCCUGUCACAAGCCCCUCUCUGUCCUGCAACCUGUCCAAACCCACAGUUUCCAUGAACACGUCUUCAAGAAACAGUGCCCCUGCCACUUGUGCCAUCAGAUAAUUGUCGGAAACUCCAAGCAAGGCCUGCGCUGUAAGAUGUGCAAGAUAGGAGUCCAUCUGUGGUGCUCGGAGGAAGUAUCUCAUCAGCAAUGUCUGGGGAAGAUGUCUUCAUCAUUCAGACGAAACUUCAGCUCUCCUCUCCUGAUACAUGAAACUCAGUCCAGCCCAAAGGAAAUCCCUCCGCCUGCCACUGGUCCAAAAGGCAAAGUGGACCCUGUGUAUGAGACACUGCGCUAUGGAACCUCCCUCGCUCAUUUGAACCGCUCCAGUUGUAGCAGCGUGUCAGAGUCGCCCACCCGCAGUCUGAGUGAGCGGGAGGAGCGGCUAGAGGAUCCAGAGGGCAGCAUUCGAAGUAGCGAAGAAAGUCCCAGUCACCCAGUGUUUCCAGCAGAGACCGAGGCUGCAGUAAGUGAAGAUGCCCGCAGCGUGUCUAGCUUAGCGGCUGCAGGCCGUGCCCGAAAGGAGAUCUCCCCCAUGUACUGCUACGUGGCACUCUACAAGUUCCUUCCUCAAGAAAUCAAUGACCUCCCACUGCAGCCCGGGGACAGAGUAAUGGUGCUGGAUGACUCCAAUGAGGAUUGGUGGAAGGGGAAAUGUGGGGACCGGACUGGAUUCUUUCCUGCAAACUUUGUGCAGAGAGUGCGUUUGGGGGAGACGGUGUGGAAGAGCACAAAAGCGUUCCAGGGCAUCAAGGAACAAGGCCAGCUCUGUCUGAAAGAAGGGCAGGUCUGUGUUGGCGUUGCGAAGCCAGAGACAGAAAGUUUCAUUAAAGUAUCGAGUGGGAAGAAGAAGGGCUUGGUGCCGCAGGAAUGCUUGAUGGAGAUCUGAACGGUCGCUGCUUUAUUAUUUUGGGUUUUUUUUUUAUAAUUGGCAAUAAGAACACUGGAGAAUCAAGGAUCCCAACAUCAAAAUAAUAAGGCACGGAAUUUGCUGCUAUACCACCACUUCUAAUUGUAAAAAAGGAUAACCCAACUCCUGGGUGCCUUAUUACCCUGGCACUGAUACUAUGACAAAACCUUGAAUGCUGCAUAGAGUCUUCCCUUCCCUGUACAUAUGCAAAGAAUAUAUCUAUAUCCGUGCAUUGUGCACAAUUCCACCAGGUGUCUGGGACAUCAUCACUCAGGGCCAACGCUUCAGGGAAAGCCACUUAGAGACCUCAUGCCACCAAAUGUGACAUUAACAGCACUAUCCCCAAUUCAAACCAGCCCUGCAAAUCCAUUGCCUGUGCUCUUCCAGUCAAACAGCACCUCAGGAGUUGGGUUAUCUUCUCCAGCGCCGCCAUUUACAUUACAUCCAUGAAGAUGGACUUUCAUUGAAGAUGAAAAUGAAGACAAGGACUUGUUACAUAUUUCUAGGGGAAAGGGGUUACGGGCACACCAUUAGUUUGGGGAAGGGAUGUGAAGUGGAGGGUGGGAUAUGGUUAAUGGGGACUAGUAGGGUAGGUUUGACAUUUAGGGUUGCCAUGUGGCUGGUAAAGAUGAGGCUUGAUGCCAGUGUUAUUAAUAGGGAAAAAUGAUAAAAAUAUAGGAAGUAGAGAUGCACUAAAUCCGGGAUUCGGUUUGGGAUUCAGCCAAGAUUCUGCCUCUUUCAGCAGGAUUUGGCUGAACCACAGUUCUUUUUGCCCCUUCGGUAGCUUAAUUUGCAGAUUUGCAAAUUAUGAUCUAGACUUGGUUUGGUAUUCAGCUGAACAGUGUCGGACUGGGACCCCAGGGACCCACCAGAAAACCUUAUACCAUAGGCCCAC